CCGAUUCGGAGGAUAAUACUGGAGGACUUUAACGCACUAAUAUUUCACUAAAUCAGUCCCUGCAUUUCCAAACCCUAGCCUGGUAUUCACGAUGCCGUUGGACCCAAAUCUUCGGAUUCUCGUUGAUGGUGAUCCAUCAAGAGUGUAUCACCAAGGAGACCAGGUUAAAGGAAGAGUUAUUCUUGUGGUAGAAAAACAGGAACAGAUCAAGGCCUUGAAACUCAACUUUCUCGGAGCAUGUAUCACGAAAACGACUCGGCCAUUCUACGUUACCGAGAAUGAUCGCGAUGGCACCUCAGCGCCAAGGCAAGAAUACAGGGACAGAACGUACCUCUUCAACAUCGAAGAGGUCCUCCUUCCUGGAUAUACAUUGGGAGCUAAGAAGUACUGCUGGGACUUCGACUUCACAUUCCCAAAGCUCACUGAAACCCGUCAUUCCCGCUGGGCUCGUGGCUCAAAGUUCGCGCGAGAUUUUCAUCCCCUUCCGCCGUCUUUCCACAUAUACACCGACAACCCGGGCGGAGAAGCCAUGGUCUCUUACUACCUCCAGGCCAAGCUUAUACGACGAGGUAUGAAAGACGUAAAGAGAGUUAUGCAAACUCUAGCAUUCUGCCCAAACUCACGAAAUACUCCACACGAACCCCGGAUAAAUUCGAGAAUCUUGUAUGCCCAAACAUGGAAGCCGACCAGAGAUACAAGGACAGCAAUCGACAAAAUUAUUAACAAAGUGUCUCGCAAAUCAACGAUGCGAUCCAGUUCCCCCCAGAUUGUCCCCACGCUUUACUACCCAGAAAAAAUUGCUCCUGGACAACACAUACCUCUACUCGUGUCAAUUACCAACGCUCGACGAGGCUGUGACGAGCAGCUUCAGUGCUUCCUAGAUUCCCUCGUAGUCACCAUCUCUACCUACACGACAUCGAUGUGUGGAAAGCUACUCACUCAACCCCAGGACAGCAUAACGAAGCAUAUUACAUGUAUCUCGAAGCACGAUCUCAACCAACCGCUGUCUUUCGAUGUCCGUACGAAACUCACUACGAACUUUCGUCUCGUAGAUGACGCAGAAUGCGUUCCAACAUUUAAAACCUACACGAUAACCCGCCAUUAUACACUGACAAUCGUGGUCGGCUUGAAAUGUCAGGGCCAGAAGUUUACCAUCAAGUCCACGACGCCACUCGAAAUUUUACCUCGACUGCCCCGAGCAUACGUGAACACACAAGCCCCUGAUCAUCACGAUGAAAUACCAGUGGAUCCUCUACCGCUCUACGAACCCACAGAAGCCGGCGCAGAGCUCGCCCCCGAUUACGACACUGUGUAUUCUUUGACGCCGGCUCCUUCCCGUCCAUACUCCUUCGCAGAAACUGAAAGCUACGUUUCUGGCACAUCUACACCGCUGACCCGUCUUACCACACCAUCAUCUGAGGUGGACCGACCAAGUAUCGACAAUAGAGCCAGCUGGCACCGAUCAAGCAUGAUAGGACAAACUGGGUGGCCAAGGCCUUCUAGCCUGCUAAUGCAGCGGCGUGGGAUUGAGUAGCAGAGUGUAUGAUCCUCUUUGCAAGGCGUUUGGCGAAGCGCGUGAGGGGUUUACAGGUCUGAGGUCAGCUCAGGGGAUGAUUGCUUUCCACUCUUUGCAAUGAUACCCAGC